UGCCGCUAAAAGCACGCACUCAAACCUCGCAGACCUGACGUGCCAGUCUUGUAUAUUGGGUUUUGGAUGAAUGAUAUAGUUUUAUGACGAAGAGAGAAUUAUUAAAACAUUGCACUAACAUCUCAUUCGGAGAAAAUUCUGGACGGUUUAACGAAUAGUUGUUGAUUGUAACUAGCAAGAAAAUGGACGGAGAAAAUCUUUCCUUCGAUAACGGAAUUUCGUAUACAAAUGCUGACGUCACGAAAAAGGACAACGACAAUGCAGAAAAUCGCAGCGCCUUUGAACGAUUGGAGUCACCCCAAGAGAUGAUAGGCCAUUUAAGAGACGAAUUAGCAAUGGCGAAUGCAGAAAUUCUUCGACUUAAAGCCAAAGUAAACGAGUACGAACUCUGUUUCGUCCAGGAAGGGAGCGGCAUCGUCAACCAGAGAAAUGAGUUGCUCAAGUUGUUGUUCCAAAGAGACAAUACCAUUGAACGAAAGUCAAUAGAAAUUAAUAUCUUGGAAAAACAGCUUGAAGCUGCCGUGAACGCAAAAUUUGAAGCUCUCACUCGGUUAGACGCUAAUGGAGGAAAUGUACUAACAGACCUAACCUUUUCACUCACCAAUAACCAACCGGAAAUCAUGGCCGAAAGACAGCGAAAACGAGAUAAAUUGCAAAAUAAUUCUGACAAUAAAGUGGAUGCUGCACGCCAAACUAAACAGUCCCGGAAGCAUGCCACUAAUGCUGACGAUAAUUUGGAAGCAACAACGUCACGUCAUUUGGUUCAUGAUGUUAUUAACAGUGAAAUUGAUCAAGCGAAUUUGUCGACGAGUCAUGAAAACAGAAACGACUCGAUCAGAAUUCAGAAUGAGCUGUUAUCUGAAGUGCGUACCCGACGACAAAAUCAAUUUGUUCUUGACGCAUUUAGUAAGAUCGGAGGCAGUGAGGCAAGUGAAAGCGUAAACCAAGAUUUGCCUACAAAAAAUGGCCGAAAGAUGUCAGAUCAAAAGCCUCCCAGAUCUUCAAACAACGUCCAGACUAAUCAUCGAUAUCCAUUUGUCAAACUAAAGAAAAUGAAGUUGAGCUUCUAAUGAAAAUGUUUUUGAAAAAUGAUUUACUCUGACCGUUGUGUACAAUAAAUGGAGUCCUAACAAAUGUUUUGCC